AUGACGGAUUUGACCAAGAUGUUGAUGAAUCCAUGGGUUCUUCAUCUUCAGAAGCUCGGUCUCGAGCUCAAGUGCCCUCUUUGCUUGCAAUUGCUUAAUCGACCGGUGUUGCUUCCUUGUGAUCACGUCUUCUGCGAUUCAUGUAUACAUAAAUCGUCGCAAGUUGAAUCAGGCUGUCCUGUUUGCAAAUCUAAACAUCCCAAAAAGGCUCGGAGAAAUCUUCCUUUCAUGGAGAGUGUUAUAAACAUAUACAAAAGCUUGAAUGCAGCUGUCAGUGUCCAGCUCCCACAAUUACAGAAUCUGAAUGGUUGCAACUACAAGAACAACUCCAACAGCCCAAAAGUCGGCGGAUCUGAAGGUUCAGAGAUGAUUGAGAGGGAUGUGAUCAAGCGUAGUGGUGGUGGUGAUAGUGAUUCCCCCAGUCACGGUGGUUCACCUCUUCCAGCCUCGGAAGAAAGCAAUCCUAGACCUAACCGUCAGGACUGGACUAAGCAGAAGAAGCUCGAUCAUCUCCCAUCAUAUGAGUUCGAAUCAGAGAAUGACGCUGGCAAUCAUACCCCAGAAAGUCGCACAGGACAAGCUGUAAAAAGUACGAGUGACACCACUGCUCUUGACAAGGCUGCAAGGAAGCGAAUUUUUGGUGAUGAUGAUUCUCCGCGUCCAAACUCACAAGAAAACGAUCCAAAUCAUAAGCCUCAGGAUCAGUCUGUGCGGCUGUUCAUGGAGAGCCUCCGGUCAUCUGAUUUUCGUCCUGAAUCAGACAAUGAUCAUGUAAAAGCACAGAAACAUCAGGAGUUGCCAGAAAGUUAUACAGGACAAGCUGCAAAAAGAAAGUGUGACAUCACUGCUUCUGAAGCCAUGGAAAAUCAUCAGAAAGUCCUUAAGAAGCAGAAGAACCUGAUGCAAAAUGUUGAGUUCAAUGACAUCUGCACUGCAAACUCUGAUGAUCAGCUAAUUGGAAAACCCACAACCAUAACCAUAUGUGGAUUCUGCCAUUCCUCUAGGGUAUCUGAGGCCACUGGGGAAAUGCUGCAUUACUCCAGAGGAAGGCCGGUGCUUGGAGAUGACAUCUUUGGCUCCAAUGUUAUUCAUGUCCAUAGUGCAUGUAUAGAAUGGGCACCACAAGUUUACUAUGAAGCUGACACAGUGAAGAACCUAAAAUCAGAACUUGCAAGAGGCAUGAAAAUCAAGUGCACUAAGUGUGGUCUGAAAGGUGCUGCCUUAGGCUGCUAUGUCAAGUCUUGUCGUCGGAGCUAUCACGUUCCAUGUGCACGGCAGAUGUCCAGAUGCCGUUGGGAUUAUGAAGAAUUUCUUCUGCUUUGUCCGAUUCAUUCUGCUGUCAAAUUCCCAACCGAGAAGUCUGGACAUCGCAUGUCAAGAGCUGAGCCCUUUCCAAAAACAAAUCCUACUGAGCAUUGUUAUCUGGAAAACCCCCAAGCUAUUACAAAAGACCUUGUUCUCUGUGGAUCAGCACUCUCUCAGAGUGACAAGUGCCUGCUGGAAAGGUUAGCCGUUAAAUACAAUGCAACUAUAUCAAGAUACUGGAACCCAAGUGUUACACAUGUGAUUGCUUCUACAGACGAGAAAGGAGCUUGCACAAGAACUUUGAAAGUUCUCAUGGGUAUUCUCAAUGGAAAAUGGAUUAUCAAUGCAGACUGGAUGAUAGCAAGCCUUGAAGCUUCUCAACCUGUUGAUGAAGAACCAUUUGAGAUUCAUAUUGACACCCUAGGAUGUCAAGAUGGACCUAAAACCGCAAGACUCAGAGCAGCAACUAAUAAACCAAAGCUCUUUGAUGGCUUGAAAUUGUAUUUCUUUGGAGACUUCUUCAAAGGAUACAAAGAAGACCUUCAGAAUCUGGUCAAAGUCGCUGGAGGUACAAUCUUGAAAACAGAAGAUGAGCUUGUUGCAGAAAGCAGCAACAAUCCGCAAACGAUGGUGGUUUACAACAUUGAUCCUCCACCUGGAUGUGCCUUAGGUGAAGAAGUGACGAUUAUUUGGGAACGAGCAAAUGAAGCAGAAGCUUUAUCUACCAAAACAGGAUCUCAGGUCGUUGGUCACACAUGGCUCUUGGAGUCCAUUGCCGGUUACAAGUUGCAUCCUAUGAUAAGCUAA